AUGGGUUCUUCUUCUCUUUUACUUUUCAACAAUUCGCCCUUAACAAACAACAAAUUUCUUACUCCGCCAUUGACAGCUGAUAUGACGAAGGGUAUUGAACCCGAUCCUUCGCUUGAUAAAUUCGAAUGGCUAGUAAUGGCUGCGAUGAUCAAAUACGAUGAAGAAAAGUUGCAAGAAAGUAGGGUGGAGGAUCAGCAGCCACCGCCUGUUACCGGCCAACCCACCACGUCCGGUGACGACGAGUCCUCUGAAAAGCCUUCUGUGUCAGGUUCAGUUCUUCAAUGUUCCAACAAGGGAAAGAAGCCGAUGGUAUUAGACGAUACAGACUUGUAUUACAAUCAAGAUGCACCUGAUGAGUACUUCAAUCAGAUGUUAUCUCAGGUGCUUGAGCUUGAGCUUGAACCAUCGAUGGUUGAAAGGGCGAUGAAAGAGAAGGCAUGGGUGAGACCUAUUAUGAUGACAAACCCAAUCCUCAAGGGUAAGUCCGAGGCAGAGAAAGAGAACUCAUCGACAAGGCCUGGAAUGGCAUACCCAGAGGGUGUGUGCAGAGAAGAGAAUGUGAACAGGGAAAGAUUGCUAAAGAAAACUCAGGCGAACGAGUUCUUCGGUAGGCCUUUCUCUGGUGUGCUUGAUAUAUCGAAGGGUGAAAGGUUGACGAAAGAGAAGUCUUCGAAGAGGGCUGUUAUGGCAUACCCAGAUGGUAUUUCCAGGGAAGAGGUCCUAAGGAGAGAGAGAUUGCUCAAGAAACCAGUUGUAGAGAUCCCACGAAAGAUGUCUCCAAAGGAUUUGAAACGACACAAAUUUGAAUUUGAUGACAGUGAUGAAGAUUAUAAGGUCAAGAAGAAGAAUAAGAUCAGCAAGAGUGUGACGAAAAAAGUUACUGAUCAGGGUCCAAAUCCACCACCCCCAUUGCCUAUUGAAUUCAGAGAACGUAUUUGCGAGAUGGGUGGUUCGGAGAAGGACGCUGUGUUGGUGAUACAGAAGCCAUUGUUUUCGACAGACACAAGUUCUGGUCAUAACCGCUUUUCGAUUCCGUUGAGACAAGUAAGGUCUGAGUUUCUCGACGACUCUGAGAAAAACUACCUUAAAAAUCAUAACGGGAAGGCUGUGGCUGCCAUGGAAGUGACCUUGAUUGGUCCCUCGCUUGAAAAGUGGAAAGUAGGGUUCAGGAGGUGGGAGAUGAAGAAGGAAACAGGCAAAACUAGCUCAUGUUAUGUGAUAAACUCUACGUGGAGAAUGAUUCAGAAAAAGCAUGGUCUUAAACCAGGAAUGGUUAUGCAACUAUGGGCGUUUAGGGUUAAUGGAGAACUGUGUUUUGCUCUCGUCAAGCUUCCAAGAGGAGGAGGAGGGGGAGGAGGAGGAGGAGGUAGUGGCGGUAGCAAUGGCGAUGGAAGUGGUCCAAGUACUGAUCAUGGUGAAGACAAGACAUCACCACCUUCUUCAUCCGAACCAGGGCACUAUUAG